AUGCCCAAAAACAGCAAGGCCGUCAAGAGAGAGCUUGACGACGAUGUCACAGAGUCAGUCAAAGACCUGCUUUCCAACGAGGACGCCUGCGACGAUUCCUUCAAGAAGAGCUCGCUGAUCGUCAACAACCAUGAAGGUGAGGGGAAAGAGUGCGACGUGGAGGAAGGGGGUUCGGAUGGUGAGGAGGAGGAGCGCCCGGCCUGGAACAACAAGAUCCAGUACAUCCUGGCUCAGGUGGGCUUCUCUGUAGGCCUGGGCAACGUCUGGAGGUUCCCAUACCUGUGUCAGAAGAACGGAGGGGGAGCGUACCUGGUGCCCUAUCUCAUCCUGCUGAUAUUGAUUGGCAUCCCGCUGUUCUUCCUGGAGCUCGCCGUGGGACAGCGGAUCCGCAGAGGCAGCAUCGGGGUGUGGAACUACAUCAGCCCUCGGCUCGGGGGCAUCGGCUUCGCCAGCUGUGUGGUGUGCUUCUUUGUGGCUCUCUACUACAAUGUCAUCAUCAGCUGGAGUCUCUUCUACUUCUCCCAGUCCUUUCAGCAACCUCUGCCAUGGCAUGAGUGUCCGCUCAUCAAGAACAAGACCACCACAUAUGUGGUGCCAGAGUGUGACAAGAGCUCGGCCACCACCUACUAUUGGUACCGCGAGGCCCUGAACAUCUCUAACAGCAUCGCUGAGGGUGGCGGACUCAACUGGAAGAUGACAGUGUGCCUGUUGGCUGCCUGGUCCAUGGUGUGCCUCGCCAUGAUCAAGGGAAUCCAGUCUUCUGGGAAGGUGAUGUACUUCAGCUCCUUGUUCCCGUACGUCGUGUUGAUUUGCUUCCUGGUUCGCGCUUUGCUCCUGAAGGGCUCCGUGGACGGGAUUCGACACAUGUUCACCCCCAAGCUGGAGAUCAUGUUGGAGGCCAAGGUGUGGCGAGAGGCGGCCACGCAGGUCUUCUUCGCCCUGGGCCUCGGCUUCGGAGGCGUCAUCGCCUUCUCCAGCUAUAACAAGCGGGACAACAACUGCCACUUCGAUGCCGUUUUGGUGUCUUUUAUCAAUUUCUUCACCUCCGUACUGGCCACCUUGGUGGUGUUUGCUGUGCUCGGCUUCAAAGCCAACAUCAUGAACAGCAAAUGUGUCAUAUUGAACACCAACAAGAUUGUGGAUUUAUUGGGGAAUGGCAUUGAAGAGAGCCUGAUCCCCCACCACAUAAACCUCUCUCAGGUCAGUCAAGUUAGCGCUGAGGACUACACUCUGAUGACAGAGAUCAUCAAAAGGGUGAAGGAGGACGAUUACCAAAAACUGGGGCUGGAACCCUGCACCAUUGAGGCCGAGCUCAAUAAGGCGGUCCAGGGCACCGGCUUGGCCUUCAUUGCCUUCACAGAGGCCAUGACCCACUUCCCAGCCUCGCCCUUCUGGUCUGUCAUGUUCUUCCUCAUGUUGGUGAACCUCGGCCUGGGCAGCAUGUUCGGCACCAUCGAGGGCAUCCUCACUCCACUGAUAGACACUUUCAAAGUCCGCAAGGAGUUUCUUACAGUGGGAUGCUGUGUGUUGGCCUUCGCUAUUGGUCUCCUGUUUGUCCAGCGCUCAGGGAACUACUUUGUGGCCAUGUUCGACGACUAUUCGGCUACUUUGCCUCUGCUCAUAGUGGUCAUACUGGAGAAUGUGGCCGUCGCUUGGGUCUAUGGGAUUGACAAAUUCUUUGAAGACCUGAAGGACAUGCUUGGCUUUACGCCGUACCGUUUCUACUACUACAUGUGGAAGUACAUCACACCCAUCCUGCUGCUGGUCCUCCUUGCCACCAGCUUAAUCCAGCUGACUAUGACGCCGCCCAGCUACAGUGCCUGGAUUCAGGAAGAGGCCAAAGAGCAGAAACUAGGUUUCCCUCCGUGGGGCAUCGUAGUCUGCAUCUCCCUGGUGGUGAUGGCCAUCAUGCCUGUGCCUGUGGUCUUUGCCCUGCGCUACUUCAAUGUUAUUGAUGAAAACACCAGUGGCCUUUCCACCGUCUCCUACAAGAAGGGUCGCAUCAUCAAGGAGAUCGCCCGGCCGGGGGAGGAUGACGACACCAGCCUGAUUCAAGGCAAGUCGCCCAGCGAAGCGCCCUCACCGAUGCCUGGCAACAGCAUCUACCGCAAGCAGAGCGGCAGCGGUGGUCCUGAUGCGGACACCGCACCCAAUGGCCGUUACGGUAUCGGUUACUUGAUGGCCGACAUGCCGGACAUGCCCGAGUCGGACUUAUAGACUGACAGAAAUAGUAAGCCCUGCCCGGCCAUACCGGCUGGCCACUCCUCCCCUCCACCCCUCUGCGUGCGUUUAGUUGGCCGUAUCAUCACUGUAUAUUUUACUUGUACUGUAUAUUCUUUGUAGAUAUCGUAGCUGCUCUCUUAUUUGUCGUCUCUGAACCUUAUUUGACUGUCUACCUUAAAAAAAAACAAAAAACAAAAAGGUGUGGGAAUAAACGUCAUACUUGUCUACAGCUUCACCCACUUGCUUGGCUGCGUCCCAAACUCAUCUCUACCUCCUGCCCUCCGCUGCCUUUGCUCCCUCCUCCUUGUUGAUCCUGCAGGAGAGAAAAGGUGUAAGCAAUAAGGUGGACGCUCCACCAGGCCUACUUGAACAAGAAUCAGCAAAGAGGAGACUGCAAAGAGGGGCGGAGCAGGGGGUCAAGAGAUCACGUUGGGACAACACCUUUGUCUGUGCUGUAAAAUAUGGUUGUGUACUUUAUGACCCAUAACCGCUGGCCAACAAGUACUGAGAUUAGCUGAAGUGUAGCUGCUCCGGAUGACGUAACAAUGCAAGACUGAACUCAUUUCUCUUGGUGAAAGUACAGGUCAACCCAGUUCAAACUGUGAGAAGAUGGCCUUGAUAACAGCUCCCAUGAUUGUUUUAGACAAAAGUGUGCCUAAGUAAUUUAUAUUUGUUUAUAGAAUACACAAUGGACAUUGUAUA